AUGUUUCUAAAGCUUACUGGACUCUGUGCUUUCUUGGGAAUACUUUCCCUGUCUGGGGCCUACAAAAUAACGCCGAAUGUUAUUGAUGGAGUUCCUGGGUUCCUGAAUAUAACCACUGCUCCAUUCGUAAAGAUCGGAUCUGAAUAUUACUUGAUUAAAAGUAAUGCUGUAAAUUGGUAUGCUGCCUACGAAAAUUGUCGAGAUCUGGAUGCAGAAUUAGUCGCGUUCAAGAGUUUAGAAGAAUUUCAUCUGAUAGCUCAGUACCUUAGGGAGAACAAUUUGAUUAAUAAAUUGUAUUGGACUGCUGGCACUGAUUUGGCGGAGCAGGAUAAACACGUUUGGUUUUCGAACGGGCAACCUUUAUCUUCGGAUCUGUGGUUACCUGGGGAGCCAAAUAAUCGAAAUAAUGUGGAACACUGCGAUGAAAUACAAGUCCGUUCGGAAGAGAGACAGGGACUGAAUGAUAGGGACUGUUCUGUUCUGAAUCACUAUAUUUGCAAGGCGGCACAGCCAAAGACAGCUUCUUUCAUAAUCUGGUAG